AUGACUUCUACUUUUAAGCUGCCUUCUUUCUCCUUGUCUACCUGCUUGACAGUGUUCUGGGGUUAUUGGAAAGGUGCACACCGUCAGGCUGAGAAGAUCACCAUUUACGAUACCAUUUUCUCGAUCGGUUUCUUUGCUUUCCACUUCAUUAUGUGGAUCAUUGCGACGUCCAUUGAUCCAAAUAACAAAGUAACGAGUAACGGGGAAGACAUAUGGGACUGGUUCUGCACCGCAAACACUUGGAAACAGCUUCUCUCUCACACCAUCAGUUGCACCCGAUUGUGCCGUCUGCAGAAACGGGACUCUUUUUCGAUUGCUAUUGGCAUUGUUAUUAAUCUCGUGGUUCUGCUCGUCUACGGCAUUGGCGCAUACGGUGUCUAG